GGUCCAAGAGGUCAACCUGGAAUUUCAGGUUCUCCUGGACUUCCAGGCCAACCUGGACCACAAGGUAACCAAGGUUUGAAAGGACCUCAAGGAGAUACAGGCAAUAGUGGUCCUAUGGGAUCACCGGGAUCAAUUGGUUUGCCUGGAGACGUAGGACCGAUAGGUCCGAGAGGACAACCAGGAGCACUAGGUCAAUCAGGCUCACAAGGCCCUCAAGGUAUUUUUAUUCAUGUUGUUUAUUUAUUUAGUUUUUUAUUAAUUUACAUAGACUGA